AUGAAGAGAUUGACCAAGUCUGAGGCCACUCUAGUUAUAUUUAAGAAGUAUGUUUUGGAGUUUAGUACCAAAUGGAAUGAAAAUUAUCCUCUAGUAUGCUUCUGGCAUAUUUGCUGGAGUAGUACUUGGUACUCUGAUCAAAUACUAGCCGAUGAGUUACUUGAAACAUCUAAAAGUCUGCAGAAUGUAAUAAAGGAGAAGGCAACUGUAUUUAGUAUUACUAUUUUAAGGGAGUAUAAUGAUGAUGCUGUUCUGAGAUUGCUUCAAACAUUACUAAAAUAUAAAAUGAUGACAGAGUAUACCAAUGUCCUACAAGUGUUAUUCCAAUACAAGUUACGUAACAGGGAUAUCCGCGGUUGCACGGAGAUUUUACGCAAUUGCGAGACGUUGGGCGUUUCUCUGACCGCUGAACUUCAAGGGAGAUAUAUAAGAUUGCUAAUAAAUAACAAAGAUCCCGUUGAAAAAUCGCCGGUGACGAAGGUCCCAUCAAAGGAUUUCAAACUGAAGUUU